CAAAUUCGAAAAGAAUAAUCGUCGACAUCCUAAUCCCACACUCGCUACUUGCUCCUCUGUUUUUCGUCUUGUGUUCACAAAUCUCUCUGUUUUCUGCCUACCAAAACAAGAAACCACAACAAAAUGGCUUCUAUUUCUCACUUGAACCAAUUCCCAUGCAAGACUCUGUCAGUAACCCAAUUCACUUCCAAGCCAGCAAUUUUCGCGCCGAAUUCGGUCAAAAUCGGCACGAAACAAAUUGGGAAAUCUUGGAGUCGGGCCGGGGAAUUCGUCCGGGAGCGACCGAGUUUCCGGUUCCGGGCGGUGAACGAUGACGAGUGGGGCCCGGAUAAGGAGGAGGAUCCAUCGGCGGCUGCGGCUGCGGCUGCGGUUGCGGUGGGGGAGGAGGUGAAGCCUGCGGAGCCGAGCGAGAUUGAUAGGCUGAAGAAGGCGCUGGUGGACUCGUUUUUCGGGACGGAUCGGGGGCUGAAAGCGACGAGCGAGACGAGAGCAGGGAUCGUGGCGCUCAUCACGCAGCUGGAGGCGAAGAAUCCGACGCCGGCGCCGACUGAGGCCUUGUCUCUUCUCAAUGGCAAAUGGAUUCUCGCGUACACAUCUUUCUCAGGUUUGUUCCCAUUGUUGUCGACGGGUUCAUUGCCCUUGGUAAAGGUGGAGGAAAUAUCACAGACAAUUGACUCGGAGAAUUUGACCGUCCAGAACUCUGUCCAGUUUGCUGGGCCAUUGGCUACAACUUCAAUUAGUACCAAUGCCAAGUUUGAAGCCCAAAGUCCAAAGCUUGUGCAGAUAAAGUUGGAUGAAGGUAUAAUUGGGACUCCCCAAUUAACUGACUCGAUAGUGAUGCCAGAAAAUGUGGAAUUUUUGGGACAAAAGGUUGACCUCACACCCUUCAAGGGCUUAAUUACCUCUGCUCAAGAGACAGCUUCAUCCAUUGCGAAGACCAUUUCCAGCCAACCACCAGUGAAGUUCCCUAUCUCAAACGGUAAUGCUGAAUCAUGGCUACUUACCACAUACCUUGAUGAAGAACUUCGAAUUUCAAGGGGAGAUGCUGGCAGCGUGUUCGUGCUCAUCAAGGAAGGCAGCCCCCUCUUAACGCCCUGAGCAAACUCAUAUAUUCUUAUUAGCAUUCUACUUCACCAAAUAUAUAUAUAUAUAUAUAUUAGUAGACCUAUGGUGAUGUUAGAGGAUAAAAGCAGCAGCUCACCUCUCCUUAAAACUAGCCUGAAAAUCAGCAACGGAGCUCUACAAUUUCUGCUGACCAGCCACCUUACAGCAGCAACUACAUUGCAGUUUAGAAGCCUAUAGCUCACACUCUCUCCUGGAUUCCUGUUGAUCCCCUAUGCUCCAUGUCUCCCGGAUCAUUAGCUCUUUCCUCUUUUGGAUUUCAUGUAUUUCAUCAUGUUUUUCGGUAUUGUAAACCUAGUACUUACUUACCUUAAAACCUUUGUACGUGUUGCUCUAUAAAUAAAAGACAAUUCACUA